UUAAAGCCGGAGAUCCUCCCUCUUGCAAAGCCACUGUGUUGCAUUUGUCCGCCUCUCCGCAUGUGUCUUUAUGUGUGUGUGUGACAGAGAGAGAGGGAGAGAGAGAGUGCACUAAAAAUCCCCAAGCAUCCACUGAGAGACCAAGAGAGUGAGGAGAGAGACGCAGGGGGAAAGGCUAAAAGCUUACGAGACGGGAGACGGAACGAGAGUGUGAUUCAACUAUGAAAUUCAUCCGAGCUUUUUUCCUGCUGCUUCUCUGUCCGGCGUUGGGUCUCAACAGCAGACAAGGCUAUGAUGGUCUGGAAAAGAAGCUGAAGGAAGUCUUCACUGAAAGAAGCAACAUCUUGCACCAGCUCUCGAAGACAUCCAAGGAGCUGGACAGCAUAAAAGGCGACAUUCAGUCUUUGAAAAACGAUGACUCAGUCGCCAAGAAGGACGUACAAAGGAUUUUGGAGCUGAGCCACAAACAGAGAGACGAGAUGAAGUCCCUCCAGGCUGCCUUGCAGAAGCAACUGGACGAGGCAAACGAGAGAGCCGAGAAGCAGCAGGCCACGGUUAAACUGAUUAAAGCGGAGAUGGAAAAGAAAACCAAAAUCAUCAAGGACUUACAGCAAGAGAACAAAAGCUUGAAGAAUAAACUCUUGUCAGGCAACAAACUUUGUGACGCUCAUGCCGAAGAGUCCAAAAAAAUCCAGGCUCAACUGAAAGAACUGCGGUAUGGGAAGAAGGAUUUAAUUUUUAAGGGCCAGCAGCUAAUGGACUUGGAACAGAAGUUAACCGUCGCAAAGGAAGAACUGGAGAAGACCGCUCUUGACAAGGAGUCUCAGCUAAAGGCUCUGAAGGACACCGUUCACAUCUGCUUCUCAGCCGUCCUGCACAACCAACCCAGCAGCAGCCACAGAUUUCCCACCUCUCCGUCCCAUUUGUACAGAUACUCAUCGCUCAUCAACAGCUCCAGAGUCACCUUUCAGCAGCCCCAUGCCAAGGAUAUUUCUAAAGUUCAGAGAAUCGUCGCAGAGAGGAAAACCCCCAUGAAUCCCGGAAUAAUGAGGAGAGAAAGUGGCGGCGUUAGAGAGUGCCAGAUGGAGGAGACAGGGGGAGACUGUUUCCAGAAUAAGACAGAGGAAUUAGCUCCACAAGUGAAACAACUACCAGAACCACACCAGCAAAGGAGCCAAGGGCAGCCGGGGAGCUUGGAAAGCACCGGAACGCGCUCAGAUGACAGUGAGGACAAAGAGCAAAGCAAAAAGAUAAAGCCUCCGAAAUACGACUGAGCGGGUCAUCAAAAAUGCAGAUCUUCUGCGUUCCUCUCAAACUCCGAAGAGCACACCCCUGGUGCAUUGUCACAGACACACUCACACACACACACACACACACAUAUACACAUUCGCCACACAAGGUCAGCAUUGCUUGCAAAAGCUGGGACUGGAAAUGUCAACACAACAACAUGGCAUGCAUUCUAAGAAGAAAAAAAACAUUAAAAAAUCAUUUUGAAGGUAGCGAUGGCACUGGAAACUUGUUUCAUGAUUGUUCAUUUGAUGUUUACUUUUAUUCUUAGUAAGGACACUGCUUUCUAAUGUGUGAUCUUUCUAGAAAAAAAUCCCUUUGCACUGUUACGGUCUGACACAGUAUCCUAAGAUAGGCAUACUCAUUGACUAAGAGGAAAAAGGACAAAAAAAAAAAAAUUACUACCAAACUUAGACUAUGGUUUGUCGCUCACUGUAGUUGAAGGGGAACUGCACUUUUUGGGGAGAAUUUUGCCUAUCAUUCACAGUCCUUAUGUAAGACUAGAACACAUACACUAUAUUGCUAAAAGUAUUUGGCCACCUGCCUUUACUCACAUAUGAACUUGAAAUGCCAUCCUAAGGAAUCGUCCAAAAUGUUUUGGUAUCCUGGAGCAUUCAAAGUUCCUUUCACUGGAACUAAGGGGCCAAGCCCAACUCCGGAACAACAACCCCACACCAUAAUUCCUCCUCCACCAAAUUUCACUGCCCAAUGCAGUCCGAACGGUACCGUUCUCCUGGCAACCUCCAAACCCAGACUGGUCCAUCAGAUUGCCAGAUGGAAAUCCAUGAUUCAUCACUCCAGAGAAGACGUUUCCACUGCUCUAGAGUCCAGUGGCAACGUGCUUUACACCACUGCAUCCCACGCUUUGCAUUGGACUUGGUGAUGCAUGGCUUAGAUGCAGCUGCUCGGCCAUGGAAACCCAUUCCAUGAAGCUCUUUGCGUACUGUACGUGGGCUAAUUGGAAGGUCACAUGAAGUUUGGAGCUCUGUAGCAACUGACUGUGUAGAAUGUCUUUGCACUUCAGCAUCCGCUGAUCCCUCUCUGUCAGUUUACGUGGCCUACCACUUGGUGGCUGAGUUGCUGUUGUUCCCAAACUCUUCACUUUUCUUAUAAUAAAGUUGACUUUGGAAUAUUUAGGAGCGAGGAAAUUUCACGACUGGAUUUGUUGAACAGGUGGCAUCCUAUGACAGUUCCACACUGGAAAUCACAGAGCGACCCAUUCUUUCACACAUGUUUGUAGAAACAGUCUCCAUGCCUAAGUGCUUGAUUUUAUACACCGGGCCAAGUGAUUAGGACACCUGAUUCUCAUCAUUUCGAUGGGUGGCCAAAUACUUUUGGCAAUAUAGUGUAUGUCUUUCUUUGUUUAUGCAUUAUAAUUUGUAAUGUACGACAAGUACAAGAAAGGGAUUUAUAUGGCCCCACUCGUCGCGGUUCACCUGAUAAAUGACGCAUGACGAAUUUGAGUGGCGCAAAAUGAUUGACCCCCCUCGUCCACUCACACGAGAUCCACCCGGGAAUGGGGCCAUAUGGAUCCCGUUCCUACUGUAUUGCACCCGAUAAGACUUCUAAAAAAAACACCCAAAAACCGCCAACAUUACUCCAUUUACAUGUCUUGACAUGCAUGCAUUGGCGAUGUUGUUAGUAUAAGCGGAAGUGCAUAGGAACUACCCUUAACUAGCCUAUGCUGCUGUAUUGACAUAGUGAGCCGGUGAGCUGCUGCAUCGCCUCUGAGUUGGUAAAAGUUAAUUCUAGAAAAUGAACCCUGCCUCUCACCUGGAUAGACAUGAAAAGACUCACGUUUUUUUUGGUGUUUUUUUUAAACUUGAAUUGUUUUGCCAGUGAGAGCAGACAUUGUACAGUAAGUGAUUGUGGUAUUAUGUUCACGGUUUGUAUUUCUUGUUCAGCACUUAGCGAUACUGCUACUUGCAUCACUCAGCCUCUAAAACGUGUAGAUUCCCCCCUUAUAUUCAGGCUAAAAAAUAUAAGGUUUGGGGUCAUCGUUUGUCCCGAAGUUGUCGUUGAUGGCUGUCAUGAAGUCUGUCACGAUUAGCGGUAGUUGUCACAGAAGGAAUUAGCAAAUGUUGAUAUGCGUCUGUAAAAUUGAUACCUUGUUGUAUACUUAAAAUAAGCAAAAUAGGUAAAUAUUACAUGUUAUGAGUGUACCUGUUACUACAAUACAUAUAUACUUACAGCAUGUAUAUAAAACAGAGGUUUUUGAAUGGUUUGAGAGCACUUUAUAGAAUCCCAUUAGCUCCAUUUUAAGCUGACUCUUGUUAGCAUUUAUUUACAAGUUGGAAUACAUAAACAAAUAAAAGCUUGUAUAUGUAAGGAUUCUAAAUGAUAGGCAAAAUCCCUCCCAAAAAUGCAGUUCCUCUUCAGAGUUAAUUUACUCCUCCACAUUUUGGACUUAGAGGCUCAAGUUGGCUGGCCAACUGUUCAACAUUUAGUAUUUCCGCACUCUUUCUGCCUUUACCACACCAGAGGCAAACGAGCCAAAGACUCACAAUGGGUCGUCUCCCCGAAAAAUGUGCCAUGCACUGAGUAGUUACUCCUAGCUACAUGUAUCUGUGUUCUCUGACCUUUGUGUGUACUUUCAAUAAACUGUAAUUUUCAGUAAACGUGAAGAAUAAAUGGCUAUUUGUGGGAAAACUACGAGUCAGUAUGUUUGUGAUCAACAGAGCAAAAUUUGCUCAGCAUGCAAAUAGUCCUUGUGGGUUUUUUUUCCAAUUGUUUCCAAAACCGUGCUCCAGUUAUCCAUUAACCACACUCUGUUUGCAUACUGUUUGCUAAAUGACACACUUCAGUCAAAACAUAUACACAUAUGACAUAUUGCAUACACACAAUUCAUCUUCAAAGGAUGAGACUUGUAUUGCAGUCGUUUAAUACUGUGAACGAUACAAAAACACAUUUGUAAAUAAAAAAUAUUCUAGAAAAUAAAAUUAUUUAUACUUUUUUAUGUAAGGGACAAGCGGUGGGAAAUGGAUGGAUGGAUGGUUGUAUAAUCUAGCCUUUAAAUAGACCCCCCUUUUUUAGACCAGUUGAUCUGCCGUUUCUUUUCUUCUCUCCUCUUCUCCCCUGUCCCUUGCAAGGGGGAGUUGCAUAGGUCCGGUGGCCAUGGAUGAAGUGCUGGCUGUCCAGAGUCGGGACCCCGGGUGGACCA